AUGAAUACCGACCAAGUCCAUCGAAUCGAAAGCUCCCGUAUCGUAUUGCUACAUGAAGAUGUCGAAGAAGCAGAAAAGUUACGUAAAAUCUUGAUAAAAGCAGAAAUCUUCACCGAUACUGAUCAGUGUUUUGAUUUUAUAACAGAUAUCGACGAAGAAAUUACUUUAAUAAUAUCUGACAUUCGUUUUCUUCCAUUUCUCCUAAAUAUUCACCAAGUAAAUUCCAUUUACAUUCUAAACGAAAAUCAACUUGAUUUUAAACAAUCGCCGAAAGUCAAAGGUGUUUACAAUGAUAUUACAUUGAUAAUUAACGCGUUCACACAAACAUCUCACGCAACAGACAACAUUAGCUUUAUUGAUUUAACUAAUCAAAAUCUCAAUGAAUUAGAUCCAUUAUUUAUGUAUACACAAAUCUUAAAAGAAAUUUUACUCACAAUUAAAUUCGAUGAAAAACAUAAAUCGGAAUUUAUUAAAUACUGUCGUGAACUUUAUUUUGAUAAUAAAUCUCAAUUGAAUCACAUUCAAAUAUUCGAAGAGAAAUAUUGCUCUGACAAAUCUAUCUGGUGGUAUACAUAUCAAGAUUUUCUUUAUACAAUGCUCAAUAAAGGAUUACGUUUAAUGGAAGUUGAUGUGGUUAUUAAAAUGGGAUUUUUUCUUCAAGAUCUGCACACUCAAAUCACUGCUCUUCAUUCGGAACAGUACGAAGGUGAUAAGAAAUCUCGAUCAUUUCGUGUUUUUCGAGGACAAAGUUUGUCUUAUGAAAAUUUCGAUAAAUUACGAAAAAUUCAAGGUGGAUUAUUGUCAUUCAAUAAUUUCCUUUCGACAAGUUCUGCUCGAAGUGUAUCAUUUGCUUUUGCUGAGAGUAAUUUAGAGAAUCGCGAUGUUAUUUCAAUUUUCUUUGAAAUAAGAGUAAAUCCAUCAGUAUCGUCAACACCCUUCGCAAAUAUCAAGAAAAGUAGUGCUCAUCAAAUAGAAAGCGAAAUUCUAUUUUCAAUGCAUUCCGUCUUUCGAAUUGAAGAAAUCAAACAAAUUAACGGAAAUGAUCGCUUUUGGAAAGUCAAUUUAACAUUGACUAAUGAUGACGAUGUGCAAUUGCGGCUGUUAACUGAAAGUAUUCAAAAACGAAUAAUUGGAUCAAAAGGAUGGGAUCGACUCGGUCAACUAAUGCUCAGAAUUGGUCAAUUCAAUAAAGCAAAAGAAAUUUACAACAUAUUAAUAAAAGAAUCAACAAACGAUCGAGAAGAAGCUUACUUCUCUCAUAUGAUCGGAUUAAGCAUGUGUGGAAACGGAGAUUAUGAUCAAGCAUUCGACUUUUACAAGAGAUCUAUUCAACUGAAUCAAAGUAUUCCUGCAGAAAGGAAUGUUAAUUUGGCAAAUUCUUUGAGUAGUCUUAGUUUGGUUUAUGAUGAGAUUGAUGAACAUUCAAAAGCGAUUUCGUACUAUGAACGAGCGCUACAAGUUCUACAAGAAAAUCUUCCGGAAAAUCAUCCCGAUUUAGCUUCGUCGUACAAUAAUAUUGCAGGAAUUUAUAGAAAUUUGGGUGAGUAUUCAAUCGCAUUUUCGUAUUAUGAAAAAGCAAGGGAAAUUCAACAUAAAAUACUUCUUGAAAAUCAUCCCGAUCUUGGUAUUACUUACAGUAACAUCGGAGAUAUCUUUUAUCUAAUGGGUCAAUUUUUACAGGCACUUCGUUAUUAUAAAAAAGCACUGAAAAUCUACGAGAAAAGUCUUCCACCCGAUCAUUCUGAUUUCGCUAACGUCUAUAGUGCUAUUGGAAAUAUAUAUAGUGAGAUUCAAGAUUAUUCUCAAUCACUUCUAUUUCAUGAAAAAGCAUUCGAAAUUCUUCCUGAAAAUCAUCGUCUAUCAGCUGACAAUCAUAACAAUAUUGGAAGUUCGUAUAUCAACAUGGGUCAAUAUUCCAAAGCACUUGAAUCUUUUCAAAAAGCAUUGAAUAUUCUUCAAAAAACCACUCCACCUAAUCGUUCACAUAUAGCGGACACUUACGACAAUAUAGGUUUGGUGUUUUUCUAUACGAAUGAAAAUACCGAAUCAUUUUCCUGUUUUCAACAAGCACUCAAAAUCAGACAGGAUCUUUUCUCCGAAGCUCAUCCAAAGUUCGCCACUUCUUUUAAUCACAUUGGCUCGUUGUACAAUAAGUUGGGUAAUUAUUCAUUGGCACUGUCUAAUUUUGAAAAAGCACUCGCCAUUCGACACAAAACUUUCUCUUAUAAUCAUCCUGAUACGGCCACUAUUUAUAAUAACCUCGCUGAAUCGUGUUGUAAUAUGUGUGAAUAUGGAAAAGCGAUCUCGUAUUAUGAAAAAUCAUUGGAAAUUUUUCGAAGAACUUUACCUGAUGGCCACGCUAACUUCGGUUUAAUAUACAACAACAUUGGAGGUGUAUAUAACAAAAUGACUGAAUAUUCCAAAGCACUUUCUUUUUAUAAACAAGCUUUGCAAAUUUAUCAAAACGCGUUUCCUGAAAAUCAUCCGACUUUAGCGAUUUCUUAUAAUAACGUUGGUUUAGGAUAUGCAAAUAUUGGGCAAUUUUCCGAAGCGCUUGACUUCCAUCNACGUUUUUCUGUGGUCGUGUUCGACCAUUUUCCGUAA